UGGGGUGGGAUGGGACCAGGGUGCGGUAACACAAAGGACUUGAGCUUUACUUUCUUGUCUCAAAUUUGCCUCCCUAUCAGUGCACUAUAGCCUAUUUAAAGGCAGUGGACGCUGUGUACACCACGUUUUCUUUUGUCUCAUGCAUGCGAUCUCAUUUGGGUAGGCGAUUUGGAUGAACCUAGCCAAGCCAGUCACUUGUUAGAUAACAGGCUAAUAAUAAAUAAUUUAAAAAUAAUAAUAGAACCGCGUUGUCUUUGUGAAGGCAAAGAGGAAACAGACAAAGAAAGUCUGGCGCUUGCUUCUCUUCCAAUGCCCCCGGUUUAGGUGUGACAGAAACAACAAAAGGACGUGGAAAAACUCGCAUCAGCACCAGUGAACACGCAGACCGAAACUGACGAACAACAGCCAGCCUCCAAAAGAAUCUCGCGAAGGGGACGAGCUAUAUCCCAAAAUAAAGUGAAAGAGCGAGAGAGAAGUGGUGUGAGGUGGACAACGCAGAACACCGAAAAUAUUCCGGAGGUGAAUGACCAGUGAAGGGCCCCCUUCAUGGAUCUGGACACUGACUAUGAGCGUCCCAACGUGGAAACCAUUAAAUGUGUGGUGGUAGGGGAUAAUGCUGUUGGCAAGACCAGGCUAAUCUGUGCCCGGGCCUGCAAUGCCACCCUCACACAGUACCAGCUGCUCGCCACCCACGUGCCGACCGUCUGGGCCAUCGACCAGUACCGCGUGUGCCAGGAGGUGCUGGAGAGGUCAAGGGACGUGGUGGAUGAGGUCAGCGUGUCCCUGAGACUGUGGGACACCUUCGGCGAUCAUCACAAAGACAGGCGCUUCGCUUACGGCAGGUCUGACGUGGUGGUGCUGUGCUUCUCCCUGGCCAACCCCAACUCCCUGCGCCACGUCCGCACCAUGUGGUACCCCGAGAUCAAGCAUUUCUGCCCGCGCACUCCCAUCAUCCUCGUGGGCUGUCAGCUGGACCUGCGCUACGCCGACCUGGAGGCCGUCAACCGCGCCCGCAGACCGCUGGCCAAACCCAUCAAGCCCACGGACAUCCUCCCACCGGAGAGGGGCCACGAGGUGGCCAAGGAGCUGGGGAUCCCCUACUACGAGACCAGCAUCGUGGCCCAGUUCGGGGUCAAGGAUGUGUUUGACAACGCCAUCCGGUCGGCCCUCAUCUCCCGUCGCCACCUCCAGUUCUGGAAGUCCCACCUGAAGAGGGUCCAGCGGCCCCUCCUACAGGCCCCGUUCCUGCCACCCCGUCCCCCGCGCCCCGUGGUGGGUAUCCCUGACCCCCCUCCCAUUGACGGAGAGGCACCCGACUCCCUCUUCUGCCAGCCACUGUGCGCCGACGUCCUCUUCCUCCUCCAGGGCGGCGCCAAACGUGUCUUCGCACACAAAGUCUACCUGGCCACCUCCUGCUCCAAGUUCUACGACCUCUUCACCCUGGACCUCCUGGCCACCGAGCUGACCUGGGAUGGCGAGGAGCGCGUGGAGUGCGGCGAGGAGGACGAGCAGAGCAGGAUGGGGGCCAAGGAGCAGGCGGGACGCACCAAGAGCCUGGACAUUGACAAAGAGGGCGAAGGGGGCGUCAAGGGACUCAAACGGCCCCCCCUUCUCCAGCAGGGCUCCCUUAGGACUUCUAAAAGUGACAAUGCCCUCCCCGCCAGGAGCCAGUGCUCCUUGGGGCCCCUAAGGGCCGGGCGUGGCCUGUCGGGCUGGGGGAGGGGCUUCCUCAGCGUUGGCCUGGAGCAGGUAGCAGACCCCGAGACAGGGCGACCUCGUCUGAUGACCGUGGUGUCCAUGGACGGCCUCAUACAGGAGGAACCCUUCCAGGCGGUGCUUCAGUACCUGUACACAGGCAGCCUGGACGAGGGAGGAGGUGACCUGAUGCAGGUGGCCACUAUCGCAGAGCUGCUGGAGGUGUUUGACCUGCGAAUGAUGGUUGCCAACGUGCUGAACCGUGAGAGCUUCAUGAACCAGGAGAUCACCAAGGCCUUCCAUGUCCGCCGGGCAAACCGCAUCAAAGAGUGCCUGAGCAAGGGUACCUUUUCCGAUGUGGUGUUCCGCCUGGACGACGGACACCUGCCAGCCCACAAGCCCUUGCUGAUCUCCAGCUGUGGCUGGAUGGCCGCCAUGUUCCGGGGAUCCUUCAUGGAGAGCUACAUUAAGGAGGUGCCCAUCCCUGACACCAGUUGUGCUUGUAUGCAUGCGGUGUUGGAGUUCCUGUACUGUGGCCUGCUGGUGCCGUGUCCUGACCUGGAGCCGAUGGAGCUUAUCGUCCUGGCCAACCGGCUGUGUCUUCCACGCCUCGUCGCCCUCACUGAGCAGCACGCAGUGAAUGAGCUGCUGCAGGCAGCUGUGAAAGGGGAGGAUAUUGACGGUCAGGUGCUGUCUUACCUGGAGUUGGCUCAGUUCCACAAUGCCAAGCAGCUUUCUGCCUGGUGCAUCCAUCACAUCUGUACCAACUACAACAGCGUCUGUCGCAAGUUCCCCAAAGACAUGAAGGUUAUGUCUCCAGAGAACCAGAGACACUUUGAGAAACAUCGUUGGCCUCCCGUGUGGUUCCUGAAGGAGGAGGACCGCUACCUGCGCUCCCAGAAGGAGCGGCAGCGGGAGGAGGAGAUCCUGCGCAAGCAGCACACCAAGAGGGGCUGGUGCUUCUGGAGACACCCGUCGUCUUCGCCUCACGUCUCCUGAUGCCGUCCCCCCUCCACGACCUCUCCCGACCUCUGACCUGUCACACCCCUCAUCCUGGAAUAAAGUCUGAGGAAGAGAGCUACUUGCCUGAUCCCCCUAGCAGAAGAGCCAAGACUCCCCUCCCGUGCGUGCGUGCGUGCGUGUGUGUGUGCGUGCGCGUGUGUGUGUGUGAUAUUCUCCACCUUCACAGCUGUAGUUGCCUGGUCAGUUGCCUGGUCAGUUGUCUGUGCCCCAGGAAGCCAAGCGUCACCAGGCCUGAGGCCUUUCCAGUGCUGCCCCGUGUUCCUAGGUCCCAGCCAGCUGUCGGGUUGGGCUCGAUGGGACUGGGAACAAGGGCUCUCUCAGUCACACAGAUGCUAAAGACAAUUCCACGGACAGCCACCAGGACGCUUCUGUGGCGAUCUGACCUCUACCUUCCCGUCGCUUCAGACUGUUAGUGCGCUGGACUAAUGCAAGGAGCCCUGGGGGCGCCGGCACCAGUCCACAACCUGCUGGAAUGCCUCUGUUGGGUUCAGCUUUUGCCACAAGGUCUGAUCAGGGGACAUUACACCCGUGCAACCACAUGCAAUGUGUUGACGACCCUGUUAUCCAAAAAUGCGGCAGGGAUUUGAAAUCAGAGUAGACCCCAUCCCAGAGUAUCUGAUCCCCACCACUGACCUUUUAAUCCACAGACUUUGUCCUCCGCCCUUUGGCACCGUUUUGUUUUCUCUGUGGUUGCAUCACGUUGGAGCUCCAUGGUGAUAGUCUGAACCCAAAACGAUGCCCUCGACUGUCCAGGACGGGGGAGUGGAAAGGCUGGUCAGGGUUCAGCACCCACCCUUCCCCCAAAUGAACACUUGAAUUCUGGAUCAGAGGGCUAUUUGAUACCACUACCAUAGGAGAGAGUGAGAACCAGAACUGGACAGAGAUGUUCUUGCUCUGUCUUGAUUGACCACUAAGGUACCCCCCGGUCAGACUCUUCUUCCCUGGACCCUAUGGGGCAGCUCUGCUCAGGGUUCCUUAUUCAACCGUCACCAGGAGCAACGUUUUUCGUCCCUGCCUGGGUAUUUCCUCGAUUCCAACCUCUUCAGACUUUAUUUUAUUCCAGUCGUAUUUCACGGUCAACUGUUUUGCCGUAACUGAGUAUUGAAAGCACAGGUAUUAUACCAAAAAAAAUAAAAAUAACAAAGCUGUGACCUGUCCGUCCGUCCCCUCAGCCCCGCCCUCCUGUUCUCCGUGUCGCGGCACUUACGGGAAGGGGAAAACCGAAUGGAUCCGGAACGUUUGAUCCCGCUCUCUAAUGCUGCAGUGCCAGGUAAAGCCCCGUGGUCAGUGCCCAACGUUGCUCUCUGUUCCGCACGACGGAAUGGAAAGUGGUGCUCAGGAUGUCUGCAACAAGACCGUGUCCAAGACUCACGCAAACACGCCCCCACGCCCCCUCACCCGCCCCUGUGGGUUUGGUCCGGUGCCCGCCCACUCCGUCAGUGUUAACCAAUGGGACAACCUUUCACGUCACCCCAGUGUUCUUCAGUUGUGAUGCACAAGUGUCCAGGGUCUCUUCCAAAAACAGGGGGGGGGGGGGAGUUGUGUUUAGGGUCUUUUCUUAUCCAAAGGUGUGUAGCAGUCUAAUUUACUCCAGGUUAGGGAAUGUGUUCAUAGUGUUAUUCAUUUCGCUGUUGAUCAUUUCAACGCUUCAAAAUGUGUUCUUAACAUUGCGUCUACUUUGUAGGUUUCAAUGCAGUAUUAGACCAAAUAUUUCACUUGCUUUUCAGUUCUGGGGCUACAGAGUGCAGUUUCUUUUCAUUGUGAAUGGGUGUGCUGUUUCAGUGAGUUAACUAAGAGAACUUGAUUGUGUCGGCUUCGAAUUGGAAGCUCCUGGAUUUUAGUUAAACACUACUGAAGUUGAAUGUCGUACUGCUGAGGAAUCCUCAACCAACCACUGCUCCUAUUAUAAAAUGUGUAUUAUUUUAGAAAACAGGUGUGUUGAAAGGAGAAAAAGAUAACCAUCAAAGUGUUUUAUUUUCUUUGAACACAGAAAGGGAAUGUGGAGAAAAAAAGUAUUUGUGACACACUUUCUUCAGCACCCUUUCACCACCAGGGUUUCCAAGGUGACAGUGAGAGAUGAAGGAUGUCAGACCUCAUGGCUUGUUUUGCUUUUUCUUCACAGGAGGCGUGGUCAAGUCAUCGACAGCCACUGAAAUAGCUUUGCAAUAAGAUCUCACGGGACCUUAGCGAUAAUUAGCGUUGACCGUACCAAAAAAAAUACACAUUAUAAGAAUGACAACCUAAAAUGUCUGAUUUUAUAUUUUGUGCAUAUUUUGGAGUUGGAACACAUUUUGGAGCUGGGUCAUUAGAAGAUGAACAUGAGGACCGUACACACAGUGACUUUUAUGACCACUUUGGGUGCCCCGCGAGGAGGGAUUGGAGUUGACUUGCUAGUAGUUGACACGCCCUACAAUGCCUUCUCUCACGGUUGCUGCCUUAAAGAUGCACGUCCCCUACUUGGUCACAGUGUUGUUGUUGACCCUCUCCUAGGGAACCACGUCUGUCUCGGUUCUGUUGUUGCACUCUGGAGCGGUCUGUGGACCACCGUCUUAAUGGAAAGCAGUGUUAUAUGGUUGAACACAGGUUCUACUGAUUAUAAUGGAGUAGUGGAGCUGAUUGAUUCUGUCUCUGGCAGUGCUUGCACACACUGUUUCAUACACCAACCACACCAGGGAGGCCGCUCUCUCCCUGGUCACCCUCCCGCGUCUGAGUCGAUCAGGCGGGGCUACAGCACCCAACGCUGCUCCUGGAGAGUCGCUGGUCCUUCUGGUGGUCAAUCAAACAUAGGCCUUGGGUUAAAAGGUGAGGGUUUUAGGAUUUUGAACCUUACUCUGAGGAUAUUGGCUGCCUCGUGAUAAUGCCAGACAGUAAUCGUGGGGUUGCGCUUGCAUUUUGCAUGCUGGCCUGGGUUUGGCAUCAUAAUGGCACUUUUUUUCUGACAUUCACUAUUAAAUUGCACCUUGUGUUGUUUUGCCUUUUUGUGCUUGGCAUGGACUUCUUAAAAAAAAAAAGGUUAUUUUGUAGCAUUGGGUCUUUUUAUUGGAUCUCUUUUUAGGCUUUAUAGAGUAUGUAUGUUCACUACUAAGGCAACAGGUCUUAAAGAAAAUGUAAUCAGCGCGUGUGAAGUCAUAAUAUUAGAAUAUUGAAUUUAAUAUUAUUAUUAUUAUACAUUCAAUGUACAUCCGAGAGGUAACAAAACUGGGAUAUCUGAAUAACAUUUAGGGUACACAGGACUUUGCAGAUUGUGUACAAGACUUGUGUAAAGCGUUAUAGCAGUGUUAUAACAGUGUCUUAGUACUGACAGUGGUAUAUUGGAUACAGGAGUUUUGGUACGGUGGGGUAUUCUUAGAUUUUGGGCACAUUGUUACCUCAGGAUUUGAUGGCCCCGGUGCUACUGUAUUGUAAACUUAGUUGCAGUUUUCUCGCACGUUUUAACACAGUGUACAGUUCAUACCCCUUGAGAAUGUCCUGUUCAUAUGGUGGGCUGCCUUGUGAGCUAAGAGGAAUGUUAUUUUUUUAGAUUUGGCUGAAAUGCAUGUAUGCUUAAGGAAAGUGAUUAUUUGGCUUGGAUCAGAUUGUUGAACCGCAUUGCCCCCCAGUGGCCCAUUUCUGUAACUACAAAUGUGGUGCUAGAGUAGGAAUCAUCUUGUACUGCAAGAUUCAUAGAUAAUUUGUUUCAGCUCAAGAUUAGUAUUGGCCAAAGAAAAUGUUUCAUUGCUUGAGAAUUUGCUGUAGAGUUCAUAAAGCAGAUAAUUUCUUACAUUAUUUUUAUUUUUUAAAAGAAGCCUUUGUUGUUUUGGUUGAUUCCAUUCUAGAAAAAUCACAUGAUUUCACCUGACAUUUCACAUGACCCUUUUGAAUUGUUUUUGGAGCACUUCAUGGGUUCACAAGUUUUGUGUUAUCACGUCACCACAUGAAAAGUACACAAUCUCCUGAUCACAAGAAAACAAGUCUUCUGGAACAGCUUCCGUUUUCACAUGUGAAAUGUGUAUUUUCAGUGCAGGUUUGCCCUGGCCUGGCGUCUCCUGUGCCUUUGAGAUGAUCUCAUGCUGUCGCCUGUCUCCUGAGCCCUCCGUUAACCCUUCUUCAAUCCUGUCCUAAUUAUGACCUAGGGCCUUUAAACCACUGCCUUCUGGGUUCAGCUUAGCACCCACGUGCAAGCAAAACACACACACACACACACACACUCAACCUGGCAGCUUUCCUCCAUGUUUCCGAGUGCCUGUAGAUUGACCUGUGUUUCCUUAAUGCUGUUCUGUGUACCCUCGGAAAUGGAACAGUUCCAAAAAAGGAUUCUUAUAAGGGUUCCCCCACAGGGACAGCCUAAGAACUCUUUUGAAAUCAGUUUUUCCCAGGGUGCACCGAGACAGCUCUGUUGUUUGACGUCUGACGGCAGGGUACACAAUGCAAAAGUCUCCCAAACUUUGAGCUUUACUGGUAUGUCAUCCAAACUGUUACACCAACCAAACUGGUCCCUAGGAAGUAAACCGUAGAGAAGACAUUUUAGAAUCAACAGAUUUCAGAUUCUGUAACAAAACUGAUAUUUUGCACUCGGCAGUCUACAUAGGCCUGCACUCUCUGUUAUGUAGCCUUUACACCACGUGUGUCCUAUUGGAUUAGAUAUAAACCACGUUUAACCAGCUUGCCUGAGCAGUAAGAAACAUCUUCAACCUAGCUGGCUCCUGCUCUCUCCCUCCCUCUGUCUCUCUCUUUCUCCCUCUCUCUCUGUCUUUCUUUGGUCUGACUCUUUAGACAGAGACCCCCCCUAGUGUGGUGGAUGUUAACUCAUAACAGCUGUGUGACGAGUAUUCCCACUUUUAGAGACGACACCAUGACAGCAGUUUGACAUGAAGGAGCUGGGAAUGGGCGGAACAUGUGUCGGUAGGCUGAAGAUGAGUCUCUGCUCUGUGACUUUUCAGUGUGACUUAUACUCCGAUGAGUCUCUGCUCUGUGACUUUUCAGUGUGACUUAUACUCAGAUGAGUCUCUGCUCUGUGACUUUUCAGUGUGACUUAUACUCUGCGUUAUUAUGCACUGUUGUUUCCAUCUUCUCAGUUCAAUUUCAAGUGAAUAUGGAUAUUAACUGCUUGUGUUAAAAGUGUAUUAAACUGAAAAAUUGCACACACACAAUACACCACAUAAAAUAUUAAGGGCUUUUUUAAGACAACAAUCGGAAUGUUUUGCUGCUUUCGCAAAAAUGUUUUGAAUAAUCCUUUGUAAUAUUUUUGAAGAACUGUGAUUUGUUAAAAAAAAACAAA